AGGUGGAUGUUUUUGAAACAUGUAAACUGGAAACCUCAGCCAACUCAAAGAAACAGUCUGCUUUGCAAACAGAGAGUAAAAGUGACGAUGAAAAGGAGACGUAGCAUUAAUAGCAUGAGAAGGAUUUCAGCUGAAAUGGUUGAGAUCAGCAAAGGACAGAACCAGAUAAGGAAGAGACAGAAAGAAGCAAGAAAAAAAUUUAAAGAAAUAAGAAAGGAGACAGAGAAACUAAAAAGGGAAACUGAUCUAAUCUCCAAGCAGAGUGCUGCAAAUCAACUCAAGCUUGAUCUCAUGUUUCAAAUCGUGAAAGCAAGAGCGGACAAUGACUCUGCAAAAGAUGCUCUACUUACCGAAACCUUGCGUGAACUGAUGGCCAAAACGAGAAUUGGAGAGAAAGCAAGCUUUUGAUCUAUGGGAAGGGAUCAAGCACGAACAAAGUAUAAUUAAAGUCUUUGUUGUGGAGUUAGAAAGUAAAUAAUAUUUGUUCUGCAACUUGGAAUUGCAAUAUUGCCUUCGGAAAGAUGUAUUUAUUGCCUUCUGAAAAAUUCAAAGGAAUCGUCUUUUAUCUCAUCAAAAGCAUCGAGCGUCUUGUUUGUUAACUUUUUUUUUUUGGAAAAUACCCUCCAAGGACGGGGAAUUCGCUAAAUUUUUUAAUCAACUAUGUAUUUCAACUUUUUUUUUUAAU